AUGGUGUUCCCUCUAAACGUGCUGUCUUUAUCAGCAGCUCUGCUGCUAGUCGGCGUCUGCUACAAACUUUACACCAAGCUCUUCGCGGGCAAGUACCCGUUGCCGCCGGGACCGAAGGCGCAGUUCCUGGUGGGACACUAUGGCAUCGUCCCAGCUGAAGGACCGCAGUUUCAGUAUGCCAAAUGGUCGAAGGAGUUGAAUACCGACAUCCUGUACUUCGAGUCAUUCGGCACGAAAUGGAUCGUUCUUAACAGCCUCCAAGCCUCUAUUGACCUCCUAGAUAAAAGGGGGAACAACUAUAGUGAUAGACCGCGCUUUAUCAUGAAUGACCUCAUGGGCUGGGCACCAACCCUCACAUGGCUCCGCUGGUCUCCCAAAAUGCUGCAACACCGCAAGCUCCUGCAACCCCCCUUCUCCAAAUCCAAAGUCUCCCAAUACUGCCCCCUCCAGCGGCGCGAAGCCAUCAAAGCCGCCCAAUCCAUCCUCCGCACCAACGCCGACCCUAUGGCGUGGAACAACGCCAUCCGCCGCUUCGCCGUAGCCGUGGUGAUAAACAUCGGCUUCGGCGUCGAGAUCGAAGACGACAAGAGCCCCUUCAUCAAGCUCGCAGACGACGCCGCGAUGGCGAUUAGCAACGCAGGCGCGCCGGCGAGUAGCAUCGUCGACCGAUUCCCCGCGACCCGCUUCCUCCCCUCCUCCCUCCCCUUCAUGGAGCGCAAGCGCUACGCCGAAACGUGGCGCUUCGCCAUCCAAAACAUCACCAACAUCCCCUUCGCCGCCACGCAGUCCGCCAUGGCCGCGCAGCGCCCUCGGCACUGCUUCGCCGCAACCCGCCUCGCCAUCCACGCCGCCAACGCCGAGAAGGGCAUCCCGAACGACUUCUCCCUCGACGACAUCAAAGGCGCCGCCGCCGCCAUCUACAUCGCCGGCAACGACACCACCCAGACCACCAUCGCGCUGUUCGUGCUGUAUUUGAUGCAGCACCCGCCCGUGCACCGCAAGGCCACCGCCGAGAUCGAUGGCGUGGUGGGUAAGGACCGCCUGCCGGAGUUUAGCGAUGUCCCGAAUUUGCCGUAUCUUAAUCUCGUGCUGCACGAGUGUUAUCGCAUGAACCCGCUCAGCCCGCUGGGGAUCCCGCACGCGAGCGUCGCUGAGGACGUGUACAGAGGCAUGCGGAUCCCGGCGGGUACGAUUGUGUACCAGAACGUGUGGGCGAUGACGCACGACGCGGCGGUGUAUUCGCGGGCGUUUGAGUUCUGGCCGGAGCGGUAUCUGAGUAAGGAAGAGGGGGGAGCGGGGGAGCCGUUCCCGGUGGGGAAUUUUGGGUUUGGGAGACGGGUGUGCAUUGGACGGAACCUGGCGGAGAAUAGCAUGUUUAUUAUGUUUGCGGUGCUGUUGGCGACGGUGGAGUUUGGGUGGCCGGUGGGGCUGGGUGGGGGGGAGGAGCAGUAUGAGGUGGAGUGGAGUUUUAAGGGGCAGGCACACCCGUUACCUUUCAAGUGCAGGAUGGCGCCGAGGAGCGAGAAGGCGGAGGUUUUGUUGAUGAAUGCGGAUUUAUCGUUCUAG